UUUCGUUGUUGUGGUUCUCUUUCUGCUCACCAUACAUGGCGGUUGGCUGGCCGACGAAAAGAGGCAUUUCGAUAUGAAGGUCGUAGAUACAGCUGUGAGCAUGGAUUGUAACAGCACUGACAGUACUGUUCAUAUGGAAGUCGACAAUUACGACAAAGAGAAACUUGCUGCUUUGAAAAAGGAAGAGGGAAACAAGCUAUAUUCAUCAAAAGAUUAUACUGGUGCAAUUAAGCUAUACUCAGAAGCUAUUGACCUUCAACCAACCAACUUUGCCUACUAUGGAAACCGGUGUGCCUGUUAUAUUAUGACUAAGGACUACCAAAGCGCUCUGAAUGAUGCCAGGAAAUCAACUGCUUAUAAUAGUAACUUCACCAAGGGAUACCUCAGAGAAGCAAAAUGUCAUAUGACUUUGGGAUCUGCAUCUUUUGCCAAAAGAUGUCUUCUCAAGGCCCUGGAAAUCGACCCUAGCAACCCACAGGCAAAAACAGAUAUAAAAACUGCAAAUGCAAUGAUGCAGUUUGAGUCCCAAGCCCAAGAUGGAGAAAACUCUAAAGAUUAUAGAAAGGUGGAAUAUUGCAUGAGGCGAUUGGCUGAAUAUGUUCCAGACUGCAAAAAAUAUAAAGCGUCACAAGCUGAGGCAAUGGUUCUUUUGGGAAAGAUUGAAGAAGCACAGAAUCUUGCAAAUGAAAUCUUAAGAAGUGACAUCAGCGUAGUUGAGGCAUUAUACGUCAGAGGACUUUGUCUCUACUAUCAAGAUAAUAAUGAGAAAGCAUACAGGGUUUUCCAGCAAAUAUUCAAGAUGGAUCCAGAUUAUAGAAAGGCCAAAGAAGUAUACAGAAAAAUUAAACUGUUAGAAAAAACAAAGGAAAGUGGCAACAAUGCGUACAGAAAUGGAAGGUUUCAGGAAGCCUAUGAUUUGUACACGCAAGCAUUAGCAGUUGACCCAUGCAACAAAGUGACAAAUGCUAAACUUCAUAGCAAUCGAGCAAAUGUUUGUGAAAAGUUAAACCGGAUUGAAGAUGCUAUAGAAGACUGCAAUCAAGCUAUUGAAUAUGACCCAAAGUUCGUCAAGCCGAUGUUACGGAGAGCCAAAUGUUAUAUGCAAACAGAAAAAUACGAAGAAGCUGUUCGAGAUUAUGAAAAACUUGUCAGAUUGGAUAAAAACCCAGAGUAUCGACAGCUCCUAAGAGAAGCAAAAUUAGAAUUGAAAAAAAGCAAACGAAAGGAUUACUACAAGAUAUUAGGUGUUUCAAAAACCGCAAGUGACGAUGAGAUGAAGAAGGCCUACCGUAAAGAAGCAUUAAAACAUCAUCCAGAUCGACAUUCACACGAUUCGGAAGAAAAACAAAAAGAUGAAGAAAAACUGUUCAAAGAUGUUAACGAAGCAUACAGCGUAUUAUCAGACAGACAAAAACGAAUGCGAUAUGACAAUGGCCAAGAUUUAGAAGAUGUUGGUUUUGACAUGGAAUUUGAUCCAAAUCAGAUCUUCCAAGCUUUCUUCGGCGGUGCUGCCGGACAUGGAGGACAUGGAGGACAUAGCAACAGUGGAUUUUCGUUUCCAUCAGGCGGAGGCUUCCCUGGUGGAUUCUCUUUUUCAUUUGGUUAACACAUCAGAAUGAGACUCUUUCGCAUCAAAACGUGAUAUUGCAAAUUGAAUUUUUAUUCUUUAUCCAUGUUUUUUAUAUCUCUCAUCUACAAUCGUGUAUGCUCUGCAAUUGACUGAUUUGUGAUGAAAUUUUGUUCUGUUUCUGGGGCGCAAAAAAAUAACUGAGUUACGUAGUGCUAUGUGUUACACGAAGCACAGUAUUUGAAGAACUAGAAAAUACACACGCUCGCAGUUAUUGCGCAAAAAUUUGACGAGACCUGAUAGUCGAUAUUCACACGUCUAAAUUAAUAGUCAAAAAUCUUGUUUUGUUGGUGUUACGUUCAGCGAUCACUCUAAGUCGUAAAUAGACCAUAAAGAAGUAAAAAAUUGUAUAACGUUGGUUUAAUAUCGAGAAAAUAAAAUUGUCAAUACUACUGUCAUACGCUUGUAUUGUCUGAUUUCCCUUGUAGCUUCUUGUAUAAGAAAAUGUAUAAAAAAUUUGCGAUACGAGAA